GGAGAUACCAGUUUUAAUGUCGUUUAGUCAUUUACAAGUUCAAGGCAGUAUAUGCAAUAACAAUGUUUAAAAUGUCUGUUUUUCUGUGUUAUCUGAUGGUGGUGAUCACAGGAUUGUGUGAAGCAAGACAAAUUCCACCGGUAGUAAAGCCAGCUGAGUCAGAUGCCAUAACGUGUAAUUUCGAUGGUCAAAUCUUGAAGAUAAAUGAGACUUAUGCUCCAGCCGAUGGUAGCUGUAUGUAUUAUACGUGCCAUGGUUCAGGCAACAUGUCGGGAGUUACUUGUGCUGAUUUCAAAAUUAUAGAAGCCGAAGGCUGGACAUAUGUCGAAGGGGACAAGAGCAAACCUUAUCCAGAAUGUUGCGAUUAUGCCACACUUCAAAAUUCUACGAAAUUAAACGAGUAAAAAAAAAACAUAUUUGUCAAUUUUUAACCAACACUUAAUCUACUCAUAAUUACCUAAUCACUAUAAAAAAAGAAUAAAAAAAUCA